UCUAAAGUCCUUUAUAAACAUAUAUAUUCUCAUAUCGCAAUUUCAAACAUGGCUUGUGAUUCUCAAGAGUUUGAGAAAGACGAUUUGGAUUUGUCCAAAGAAAUCGAAAAUCUAAAAAGAAAAUUAGAAGAUGAAAAAAAUCGCCUUAAUGAUGGAGAACUUAGUCAGAUGAGCCAAAAUUUAGACCCUCUUCCUGCACUCCAUAUUAAGGUGCGUCGCAUCUUAAAAGGUCAUCAGGGCAAAGUUUUGUGCCUCUCUUGGUCGCAGGAUAAAAGGCAUUUAAUAAGCUCUUCUCAGGACGGCAAAUUGCAUGUGUGGGAUGCUUUUACUUCGUCAAAAGAAUAUUCUAUAUCCAUGCCUACGACAUGGGUAUUAGCGUGCGCCUAUAGCCCUUCCGGUGGCCUUGUUGCAUGCGGGGGCAUUGAUAAUAAAUGUACGAUUUAUCCUCUUCUACUUGAUGAAGAUCCUGUGCUAAAAAAGAAACUAGUUGCUACACAUACUUCGUAUUUAUCAUGCUGUCAAUUUAACCUCUCCGAUCAUCAAUUACUCACUGGAAGUGGUGACAGUUCUUGUGUCCUAUGGGAUGUUGAGUCUGGGCAGAUGAUGCAGAGUUUUCAUGGUCAUGCAGGCGAUGUAAUGGGACUAGAUUUAUCUCCUUCUGAACUUGGAAGAGUUUUCGUUUCUGGAACAAACUUCUAA